CUGCUCGCCAUGCGUUACGCAGUCCUCGUCUGCGGCCCAGCAGGAGCCGGCAAGUCCACCUUCUGCGGCGCCCUCAUGAACCACCUCGUCGCCUCCAAACGCACUGCCCACCUCGUCAACCUCGACCCCGCCGCGAACCCAGAGUCGCAUGAGUACGAGCCGGUCAUCGACAUCCGCGACUUGAUCAGCCUGGAGGACGUCAUGGGGGAGCUGGAGUAUGGACCGAAUGGCGGGCUGGUGUACUGCUUUGAGUAUUUGCUGGAAAAUAUGGACUGGCUUGAAGAGGAGCUGGGGGAGUACGAGAAUGACUAUCUCAUAUUUGACUGCCCAGGCCAGAUCGAGUUGUAUACACACCAUCCAUUCCUUCCGACCCUCGUUCGUGACCUGCAACGAACGGGCAUGCGGGUAUGCUCCACAUACCUCCUUGAAUCGCAAUUCAUGGAAGACAAGUACAAAUUCUUCAGCGGUGUUCUCUCUGCCAUGUCUGCAAUGGUGAAUCUAGAAGUUCCCUGGAUCAAUAUCAUGUCCAAAAUGGAUCUUGUCACGUCCAACAGCGAAGAUCCCGCCUCUGGCAGAAAUGGUAUCCGGAAACGGAAAGACAUAGCGCGGUAUCUGGAUCCCGACCCAUUACUCAUAGCGGCGCCGUUUGGGGAAAGCAGUGGGGAUCUUGCGACGAGCACGAACCCUCGAUUCCAUGCGCUCAACCAGGCCAUUGUCCAGCUGAUUGAGGAUCAUCCCCUAGUAUCGUUUUUACCUCUCGACCUCUCGAGCCCCGAUUCGCUAGAAACGGUCCUGAGCCACAUUGACUACACCAUGCAGUACGGUGAAGACGAAGAACCAAAAGAGCCCCAUGAUCUCGAUGAAGGGGACUUCGUUGACAUGGAGUGAUGUGGUAUCUCUUAAGGAGUGUAUUAGUAGUCGCUGUAUUAUUGAUGAGAAGUGUCACCAUAAUACGACCUGGUGUUACAACACGUGGCAACACAUCUACAAGAUACGCGCUGCUUCCAGCAGGCUCCGCGUAGUAUUUUG